GUCGAGUCUUUUUUUUCUGUGGGAGCCAUUCUUUUAAGCAUAGUUAUUGAACAUGCAGCCUGUGUUUUUUGUAUUAACACUUUUGACCUUUGUUCAGUUUUUCUUUCACUUUUCCAAUGGUGAUGUUUCGCUCUCAAAGCCAGUGGCUAGCCAAACAUUUACUGCUUCUGGUGGAGUUGUGAAUGUGGAUGUAGCAUGGGUUGAUUCUGGUGGUGAUCCUUCAGUGGAUGAAGUUACAAGUUACACUUUCACAUUAUGCACAGGUCGUAACUCAGAUAUCACAGCUAUUUCGGUUAUUGCAGCGAGUGUUUCGACAACCUCAAACACAUACACUUGUUCAAUCGAUUCGUCACUUGUCAGCAGUGGUGUUUACUAUAUCCAAGUUUAUGCUUUAUAUUCUACUGGGUAUUCGAUUCAUUAUACCAAAAGAUUUAGAUUGAGUGGUAUGACAGGCACAUUGGAAUCGACUGGUGCACUUACUGACGAUUCACCCUCAGCGCAAUAUUCGUUUGCUGGCACUGACACUGACACUGACACUGAGACCACAGUUGAAACAGAAGCAGUUGAUACAUCUGCUUCAUUCAAGAUCACCUACACCUUGCAAACAGGUAGAACCAGAUUUGCUCCAAUGCAAACCCAGCCAGGAUCAACAGUGACAGCUACAACAUGGAGAAGAAAAUUUCCAACCAGUGCAGUUACAUACUACUCCACGGUUCAACCAUCGCCGGUGGUUUAUUCGACAAUUACUCCUGGGUGGUCGUAUUCCAGAACAUCGUAUUUUAAUUAUGCGUCAUAUGCACCAUAUCCAAGUGAAAAUGGGGGUUGGUACAGUGCGAAUUUUAAGUUGGUGUCCCCAAGCAAAAUGGAUACCAAUACAUUGAAGAAGAGAUGGUUUGACGAUCUUUAUUGAGUGGAUAGAUUUUGUGAUAAAAAUGAUAAAAAUGAUGAAAAUGAUGAAGAUAAAAAAGAUUAUAGCUUAUUAUAUUGGAAUUAUUUUUUUUUGAAUUUUUCAGUAUCAAACUGGCUAUAAAGAUUAUUAUUAUCUUAUCUUAUUCUAUCUUAUUGUUAUCAGUAUCAGUAUCAGUAUCAUUAUUAUUAUUAUUAUUAUUAUUAUUAUUAUUAUUAUUACCAUUACCG